GACAGCGUUGUGCCCGGCAUAAGUUAUUCGUUAAAUGAUAAGAGUUCGACGAGUAAUAUGAAAUCGAGUCGCUAGGUUUUCUAUAUUCUCUACUUCAAGGUCAUCCACCGAGUGUGUUUCAUCCACACAUACCGUCACUAGUUCCUCUAGUAGUGACUUCAGUUUUCGAUCCGUUUUAUAAAAUUGCCACAGAAGCAUUAAUGGUGUUACAGCAACUUGUUAAAGUAAUUCGACCAUUGGACACAAAUGAUUCAAAAUCUGGUUUCGAUGCGACACCCUUUGUUGGGCAGGUUUAUUCUUGUACGCUGCAAAAACUAAAAGUCACUGACGUAGAUCAGGAGGUGAAGGAAAGAGCUAUAGCAUGCAUGGGACAAAUUAUUGCUAAUAUGGGAGACAUGCUAAAAACUGAACUGUGCGUUUGUUUACCGAUUUUUAUGGAACGCCUUAAGAACGAAGUAACCCGGCUGAGCAGUGUGAAAGCGCUCACUAUGAUUGCAGCAUCCACGUUACGUAUAGACCUCACGCCAAUUUUGCAUGAUGUAUUACCGACUUUAGGUACAUUCUUGCGCAAGAACCAUCAUGCCCUGAAGCUCCACUCUUUGGAUCUUAUUAACAAAAUUGUUAUCAACUAUUCAAGCAACUUUGAACCCAAUCUACUGCAGACAGCAAUAGAAGAAAUUCCACCACUCGUAUCUGAUACAGACUUACACGUAGCUCAGUAUUCUUUAACGCUCCUAAGCACUGUAGCCCGUAGGCAGCCGCAAGCAUUAGUUGGCAUACAUGAGCAGUUUUUACCAUCAGUACUUAUUCUAGUUCGGUCACCAUUGUUGCAGGGAACAGCAUUGAACUGCACGUUGGAGUUGUUUCAAGCUUUGGUUCAAACGCAGUUGCCUGGCUUAGACUAUCACUCGCUUGUGUCAAAACUUAUGGCGCCAGUCUUGAUUGGUGGUGAAAUGACGUCCAGAAGUACAACUACGUCUCCAAUUGAACCACUACAACUUCAUAAACAAGCAUAUCAUUCAUCAGCCAAGUGCAUUGCUGCUCUAACUCAACAAUGCUCGCAAGUGGCCACACCAUUAGCAACAAAGCUGAUAACAGACCUACAAAAACGAAACGACACAGAAGUAAUCUUUUGUUUAUUAACAAUUGGCGAAAUAGGUAGGCACUUUGAUCUGAGCUCCAUACAGGUGCUCCCAAAAACUAUUAUAGAAUGCUUUGGUGCAACCUCCGAAGACGUGAAAGCAGCAGCGUCACAUGCCCUUGGAGCGGUAUCUGUUGGCAGCUUGCAGACAUAUUUACCGCUUAUUUUAAAAGAAAUCGAAGUACAGCCCAAGCGACAAUAUUUGCUUCUUCAUUCCUUAAAGGAAGUAAUAUCGUCUCUUUCUGUAACACCUUGUGGCCUCGCCCAAUUGUUACCAUCUGUGCCAUCCAUAUGGACUCAGCUUUUCAAGCAUUGUGAGUGCUCAGAAGAAGGUUCACGUAAUGUGGUGGCCGAAUGCCUUGGGAAGCUCGUUCUGGUUAACCCUGAAGAAUUACUGCCGCAAUUACAGCAAGCACUGCGAUCGGAGAGUGCUACUAUGCGUACUGUUGUUGUCUCUUCAAUCAAAUUUACCAUUUCCGAUCAGCCACAACCAAUAGAUGUCCUUCUUAAACAAAGCAUUGGAUAAUUCCUUUUCGCGCUUCGUGACCCAGAACCACAAGUGCGACGCGUUGCUCUUGUUGCUUUCAAUUGAGCUGUGCACAACAAGCCAAGCCUGGUGCGCGACUUGCUACCUACCCUUUUGCCAUGGUUGUAUUCUGAAACAAAAGUUAAGAGUGAACUUAUUCGAGAGGUAGAAAUGGGACCGUUUAAACACACAGUUGACGAUGGUCUGGAUAUCCGUAAAGCUGCUUUUGAGUGCAUGUAUACACUGCUUGAGCAGGGCUUAGAUCGUGUAGAUGUUAUGCAAUUUCUAGAUCAUGUGCAAGCUGGACUUUGCGACCACUACGACAUUAAGAUGUUGACGUACCUAAUGACUGCUCGUUUAGCCGUAUUGUGUCCGGAUAAGGUGUUGCUAAGACUUGAUCAAUUUAUUCAACAACUACGUGAUACAUGUACACAUAAGGUGAAAGCCAAUUCCGUGAAACAGGAAUACGAAAAGCAAGAUGAACUGAAACGUUCCGCACUUCGCGCCGUGUCUGCACUUUCUGAAAUACCCAAAGCAAAGAAAAAUCAGCAUUUAAUUGAUUUUCUAAAAUCAAUUAAGGAAACUCCAGAAUUGGCAAAAAUUUACGAGUAUAUACAGAAGGAUUCAGUCGCUGGGGGCUCGGAAAUUAUUUUAAUGGAUCAAAGUUAAAAGCCCUGUGAGCUCGGAAAUAAUUUUACUGGAUCAAA